AUGAGCCGUAGUACGGAUAUCGAAGAGGAGUCCCAGUCCACCAAAAGCGAAGACAGUUGCUGUGGCAACGAUGUGGUCGUGAAAAAACAUCCAAGCGAAAGGGCUGGCUUCCGUGCCGCAAUGGUACCUGAUGCUGCCGCUUUGUCACAAGCAGUGCUUCGAUCCGCUACUGACAGAGCAAUGUCACCGAAGCCCGAAUCUUCGGGAAAUAGUUCGUCUCUCAGCUCACCAGGUCCAUCUUCAUCACGAGGAGCAGCAGAUUCGGACUCACCGCCGCCAUUACCACAUCGAAUGAGUAGACUUGUUGAUCCGACUAGUAUACGGGUAAAGCAAGAUAGACGUACUCUUUUGUUACCAUUGCUUGGCAUAAAAUUUAAUCUUCUGGUAUUCAUUCAACACCACGUUGAACGAUUGGUAAACCCAAAUGAUGAGUUUGUUCGCAAUGCUGCUGUUUUGAAAAGUCUGCCUUCUGUUCCACCUGUUCUUCCUCCCAAACCAACGCCACGGAAUGCUCCUUCUGCUAACUCGCUAGUUACUGAAACAGAAACAAGCGAUGAAAAUGCGAAUAAUCGUCGCUCUGUAGCUGAUAUGGCAAGGAUCUUCAAUCGCUAA